AUGGGAAGACCUUCCAACCUAAUCAAACACCCAGGGCAGACAAGUAUUCCUUCCCUCCAAAAUAUAAGUGAAUUCUCCUUAAAUAUCACUGACUGCAUCCAGGUCGUGGUGCCAGAAGAAGUUUUUUUCACUGUUGCUGCUGCUGGAAUACUGGAAAAUCUGCUUGUCCUUCUUGCUGUUGUUAGAAAUAAGAAUUUGCAUUUGCCCAUGUACUUCUUUAUUUGCAGUUUAGCUAUUUCAGACAUGUUAGGUAGCUUGUACAAAACUCUGGAGAACAUUUUUAUCAUUUUGUGCAAAAUGGGGUACCUGACACGUCGUGGGGACUUUGAGAAAAAGCUGGAUGAUGCUAUGGAUUCCAUGUUCAUUUUGUCUUUACUGGGGUCCAUUUUCAGCUUGUUAGCUAUUGCAGCAGACAGAUACAUCACUAUCUUCUAUGCUUUGCGGUACCAUAAUAUCAUGACACUAAGAAGGGCCUUGGCUGUCUUGGUAAUUAUUUGGAUGUUCUGUGCUGGCAGUAGCGUUGCUAUUGCCCUCUUCUCCUAUGAAGCAGCAACAGUCAUUCCCUUCACCAUCCUCUUCCCUUUAAUGAUGUUUUUUAUACUGUGCCUCUAUGUCCAUAUGUUCCUACUGGCUCGAUCUCAUGCUAAAAAGAUCGCUUCACUGCCAACCAGCACAGUGCAUCAGAGAACUAACAUGAAAGGGGCCAUUACACUGACUAUUUUCCUUGGAGUUUUCCUUUGCUGUUGGGCCCCCUUUGUUCUUCACAUCCUCUUAGCAAGAUUUUGUCCACAUAACCCUUACUGUGCCUGCUACAUGUCCAUUUUCCAUGUGAAUGGGACACUCAUAAUGUGCAAUGCAAUCAUCGACCCUAUGAUUUUUGCAUUCCGAAGCCCAGAAUUACGGAGUACAUUCAAGAAGAUGUUCUGCUGUGCCAGGUCAAAUUGGAACUGGUAAACAUGAAAAAAUUAGGAUUAUAGAAGCACACCUAUGGGGUGUUGUGCGACAUCAGUAUGCAGAGUUAAAAAUAUCAAUAAUUAUGCCCAAAAUAAUACCAUGCUUGUAGGAUACUG